AUGGCCACUAUUCAAGAGCCCGCUCAUGUCAGGACCGCCACGCCAGAGCCUCCAGCCAUGAUGGAUAUCAAGCCACAGUCUUCAGCCAUCACAGAUGCCACUCUAGUGUUCCCGAGCAUCGUGAACGUUGCAUUUGAAGACACCAAGGCAUUCCAAAGGUGUUUGAGGCAGUGUGGCAGACCCACCGCUGGUUUCAGCCAGAGCAGCGGGCAUUCCAAGGGCCUCAGCACUGGUCGUCACAGAGACUGUUCCUCUUUCCUCAGUGCUCCCUCCCGCGAGUCUGCUCCAGAGCCCGCUCGAGUCCUUGAAUCCACUCUAGCUCCUCCCGAGGUGGCAGCUCCCGCUGCAGAACCUCCCGAGUCCGCGGUGUCCUCUUCUGAACUCUCUGCCUGUCCUGUUACGGUCAAGGAGACCGUCUGUGAAUUCUCUGACUGUCCUGUCAUGGCCAAGGAUGCCGUCUGUGACCUCUCUGCCUGCCUCUGUUAUGGCUUACACUCUGCUUCAGUCCAGAGAAAUUACCAGACUGGAGUCAACGUGAUUAUAAAUGCUGAAACGGGUGCAAGUGUAAAUGCUCCUUCAUUGGCUGGAAACACCUUUAAUGAAACAGUGUACAUUUGUGUUCCAGGAAAUGAUAAACAGAAAUCCUCAGAGACGGCAGAGGAACAGAGAGAAAAACAAGAAAAUUUGAGGCUGCAAUUCUUGAAAACUCACAAAAUCAACAUGAAGAAGAAAGCAAAAUAUAUUUUUGAGUGCAAGAAAGAAAAUGAAGUACAUCUCGAGGCUGUUUACACAGAACUGUUCAUCACAGAGGGAGAUAUGAAAGAUGUCAAUCGCGAACAUGAGAUUCAACAGAUUGAUGAUGUUCUAAAGACCCAGAAAUCACAGGACAGACCAAUCAACUGCAAUGACAUCUUUACAUUAUUAAGGGAAAACAAUGAGGAAAAGAUUGUGCUGACCAAGGGGAUUGCUGGCAUUGGAAAAAUGGUGUCUGUGCACAAGUUCAUCCUGGACUGGGCAGAAGAAGAAGCCAAUCGGGAAAUAGAAUGUGUGUUCCUGCUUUCAUUCCGAGAUAUCAACUUAAUGACAAAUGGAGAUCUCAGUCUCCAUGAAUUUCUGGUGAAAUUUUAUCCAGAACUGAAGGACCUGGAGAAAUCAAAGCUAUAUAAGGAAUGUAAGCUUGCGUUUAUAUUUGAUGGACUUGAUGAGAGUCGCCUGCCUCUAAAUUUUAACAGUAGGUCUCUGAACACUGUUGAGGAAAGAGCAUCUGUAGAUGUGCUGUUUACAAGUCUGGUCAAACGGACAUUGCUUCCAUCAGCUCUCAUCUGGGUGACCUCACGACCAGCAGCGGCCAAUCUGAUCCUUCCUCAGUAUGUGGGUUUGUUCACAGAGGUGCGAGGAUUCACUGACGAACAGAAGGAGCAGUACUUCAUAAAGAGAAUCACAGAUGAGAGUCUGGCCUCCAAAAUCAUCUCACACAUUAAGACGUCUCGUAGUCUCUACAUAAUGUGCCACAUUCCUGUGUUCUGCUGGAUCACGGCCACAGUACUUCAGGAUAUUCUCAAAAACAUUACAGAGAACAUCAGCACAACACUUACUGAAAUGUACAUUCACUUCCUGCUGAUACAGAUGAAAAUAAAGAGCCAGAAGUACGAUGAGCAAGAAGAAAGGCAACGUACAAAGCUAUUAUAUUCAAAUAGAGAAAUGAUUGUAAAAUUAGCCAAAUUAGCGUUUGAACAGCUGAUGAGGGAAAACAUUGUAUUCUAUGAGGAAGAUCUGGAAAAAUGUGAUAUUAUGGUGAAUGUAGCCACUGAGUUUACAGGAAUGAUUGCGGAGAUCUUUAAGGAGGAAGAUGGACUUCAUGAGACAAAUGUGUUCUGCUUUGUGCAUCUGAGUGUUCAAGAGUUCCUCGCUGCAUGUGGAUGUAAUCUCACUGCUCAGUCCUGUAAAAGUUUGUCUUCAGCUCUACAAUCUUCAAACUCCCAUCUGAAUGUGCUGGACCUGAGUAACAAUGACCUGCAGGAUUCAGGAGUGGAGCUGCUUUCUGAAGGACUGAAGAGUCCAAACUGUCAGCUGAAGAUACUGAGAUUUUCCAUGUGUAAUCUCACUGCUCAUUCUUGUGGGAGUUUGUCAUCAGUUUUACAAUCCUCAAACUCUGUCCUGAGAGAGCUGGACCUGAGUAACAAUGACCUGCGGGAUUCAGGAGUGAAGCUUCUUUCUGAAGGACUGAAGAGUCCAAACUUUCAGCUGGAGAUACUGAGGUUGUCUGGAUGUAUGGUGACAGAAGAAGGCUGCCGUUAUGUGUCUUCAGCUCUGACUUCAAACCCCUCACACCUGAGAGAGCUGGAUCUGAGCUACAAUCACCCAGGAGAUUCAGGAGUCAAGCUGCUCUCUGAAAAACUGCAGGAUCCAAACUGCAAACUGGAUAAACUCAAUGUGGAUCAUGGAGGAGAAUCCAGGAUUACAGCAGGACUAAAGAAAUAUGCCUGUUUUCUCACACUGGAUCCAAACACAGCAAAUACUCAACUCAUUCUGUCUGAGGAGAAAAGAAAGGUGACAUGUUUGGACAAGAAACAGUCAUAUCCUGAUCAUCCAGACAGAUUUGAUGUGUAUCCGCAGGUGUUGUGUACAGAGAGUGUUUAUGGACGCUGCUACUUGGAGAUUGAGUGGAGUGGUGAUGAUGGUGUGUAUAUAGCAGUGUCAUAUAAGAGCAUCAGCAGGAAGGGAGAUGGUGAUGAGCGUUGGUUUGGAUGUAAUGAUCAGUCCUGGAGUUUGAUCUGCUGUCCUGACAGAUACUCAUUCAGACACAAUAAGAUAGUGACUUGUCUCCCUGUGAAGCCCAUCAGCAGUAGAAUAGGAGUGUAUGUGGAUCAAAGUGCAGGAACUCUGUCCUUCUACAGCGUUUCUGACACAAUGAGCCUCAUCCACACAGUCCAGACCACAUUCACUCAGCCGCUCUAUCCUGGGUUUAAGGUUUAUUAUAAAUCAUCCGUGAAACUGUUUUGA